AUGGAGAUCGAGCUCGCAUAUGGUGAAUCUCGCGGAUACUGGAAACAUUAUUCACCCGGGAAGUGGUUCAAACAAGCGAAAGCCGUUGGCAAGAUCAACAACGUAAAAGCUACUCUGUUAUUUGAUUCUGGUGCUGAAGUGUCGAUCAUUGACACCACCUUUGCUCGUGAGGUCGGUUGCAAUAUUGACGAAAGUCAACGACAAGAAUGUAUCGGGAUUGGAGAAACUCCGUACAUGACGGUAGGACGUACCAAGAUCAAGGUGACCCUCGCCGGAUCGCUGGUAUACUAUUUCAAUGUAUGGGUAGGCGAUCUGGCAGGGCAAGAAGCGAUUCUGGGUAUGGAUUUUAUGGUGCCUGCUGGAGUGCGGCUCGAUCUAGCGGAUGGCGCGCUAUGUCUACCAGAAGAAAUCCGCAUUCAUCUCGCAGGACGUCGCCCCGCGUACGGAUCGAAGAUACAACAUAUAACGGCGAAGGACCAACACGUGGUGAUCCCGGUCGGAGAGUCAAGGGAAGUGAAGAUCGGGAUCGGAGGGGCUAAGAUAAAGUUGUGGGUCGCUAGAGGACUAGAUUGGGUCCCCACUGUGAUCUCGGGGUGGGGUAAGACGAAAUACCUGCAGAUGACCAACAUUGGCGACCGGGAGAUCAUACUGCCCACCCACACUAUAUUAGGCAUGUGGGUCGAAGGCGAUAUGGUACCGCGAACUCAAGGUUUGGUGACAGUCGGGUCAGGGAAGUACAAGGAAUGGCAAACUCUGGCAUAUGAGGCUACGACGGAUCGAGUGAACGAACUCCCGAAAGAACAGAUCGGACCAUUGGUAGACCGUCCUACGUAUGCCGCUCCCAAACGCAUCUUGAAACGUCCGUCUGAUGCGUUACAGAACCUGUCUCCGGCGAUCUCCACGGUAACGCCGCAAGCUAACGAUGACGAUUUGAAAAAGGCAGAUGCUGUAGUUGCGAGGGAAGUAACGGUCAGGGGAGCCGAACUAUCGCGGAUGGAGAACGGUCAUGAGAUCGGUACCCAACAUGCAACGAAGGGAGACCGCGACACCGGUCAAGAAGGGCUACGUGACAGAUCGUCUCUACCGAAGGCUGAGCCGACUGACCGACUGUUGAAAUUGGGCCAGCCGGAAGAGACGAAGGAGCCUAUAGAAGAAAUAAUGCUAAAUACUGAAGACGUCGAGAUUGCAGAAAUACCAGUUUAUCACCACGAGAGCGGAGAUUUGUUUGCGGAAGAUAUCGAGCAGCAUAUGGCCGUGCUACCAGAGAUGUCGGCGACUACGGAAGAAGUUACGAUUGAGGACAUUCAGAUCGGUGAUCCCGAUGUGCCUCUCACCACAGAUCAACAACGGCUCAGAUCGCUGAUCUGGAAGAGCCGUCACCUCCUCAUGGGUAAAGGUAAUGCUUUACCACCAGCAGCACGAGGCGCGAUCUGUGAUAUUGAUGUCGGUGGGGCAGCACCGAUAGCGCAAAGAGUGCGUCCGGUCGCACCCAAAUAUCGGGAGAAGCUGUCAGAUCUCAUCAAAGGACUAUUAGCAGCCAAAAUCGUUCAGCCAUCCACGUCACCUUGGGCGUCUCCGAUAGUGGUGAUCAUCAAGAAGAACGGAGUGGAUAUUCGCCUUUGCAUUGAUUAUCGAAGAGUGAACCAGCUGACGCGUCUGAUGGUUUAUCCCAUGCCGUUGAUCAGCGAUCUGUUGGAAGAUCUGGAUAAAGCUCUAUGGUACUGUUCGCUAGACAUGGCUAGUGGAUUUUGGGUCGUCCAAAUGACUGAACGAGCAAAACUGAUCUCAGCGUUUGUCACACCGUUUGGCUUGUUCGAGUGGCUGCGAAUGCCUUUUGGGCUUAAGAACGCGCCCCAGAUCUACCAACGUCUGGUGGACAAUGCGCUGUAUGGAUAUUUCAAGAUCGGUCAGAGAUCAGCCUCUGAUGGCCCGAUCGACGUGUUCAAAGACGGAGAACCUGAGACAGAUCGACGACCGUCUAUACUGGGACGCCGAUCUUACAUUGACGAUAUUCUCAUACCAGCCGCGUCAUGGGGAUCUUUGUACACAAAAUUAGAACGGUUGCUGGAGGCAUGUGAUAAGUGGAAUCUGUCUAUCAGCCUCACGAAGAGCUUUUGGGGGUGCCGUAAGGUCGAUUAUUUGGGACAUCGAGUGUCGAUGGAUGGUCUGGAGGCUCAGCCCAAGAACCUAGAGUCGUUGGUUAACAUCCCGUUUCCUAGCACGCUACGAGCUAUGCAAUCUUUUCUCGGGAGCUUGAACUACUACCGUCACUUCAUUGAGGAUUUCGCGGUGUAUGCCGCGGUGUUGUAUGAGUUAAGAGAAUCGGAUUUCUUCGAGAUCGGCCGAUCUCAGCUUGCAGCAGGAGACGAAUGCUCCAACGAGGGUCGAUGGACGGAAGCCAAGGUUGCUUUCACUAUGCUAAAAGCUAAGAUAGCUACAGCUCCCAUGCUCAAGCAUUUCGACCCAGAUCGGUCCCCCGUAAUCGUGGUCUACGCUAGCAAGUGGGCUGUCUCAGCGGCCCUGAUACAGGAGUACGAUGGCGUUUUUCAUCCGGUUACGUUUACUAGCCGCACUUUAAAGCCUAAUGAGCUUAACUACGAAACGGUAGAAAAAGAAGUGCUGGCGCUACUUCGUUUGUUGGAUGUAUGCUAUACUACGCUUGCCUCGCGGGAGAUCACUGUACUGACCCGACAUUCUACGUUAGCCUGGUUGAUGCAGUCUCGAGGGCUCAACGGGAGAUUAGGACGGUGGGCUGCUUUGUUGUCAAAUUGGACUAUGGAGGUGAAGAAAUGUGAAAGAGGAGAGGAAGAGAUACUGGGCAUGUUAGCAGCGAGUAUCACUCCGAGAGGAGAAGUGGAAGAGAUGCUGAUUGCGAUCUCCCCACGAAAAGACUGUCGACUCAAAAUAUCGAUGCCUCCUCCAACGGUGGAAACAGAUGAGGAGUUGCUGGUGGCCAGUUUCGAUGGAUCGGCUAGGAUAAAAAAGAAAGGAGGGUCGUUCAGUGCCGUGAUAUGGAAGUUACCCGAAUGGACGAUCGUGGCGGCCGAAUCGAGAUAUGUUCACGAUCUGACUGUGAAUGAAGCUGAGUAUAAUGGCUUGCUACUGUGCUUUGAGUUACUCGCCGAUCUGGAUAGGGGGCGAGUAAUACUGUGUGGAGAUUCCAGUCUGGUGAUUCGACAGAUGCGCGGUGAGAUCGACUGCAAGGCACCGGGCCUUCAGCUUCUGAGACACAAAGCGUUGGAGAAGCUGCGGUCAUGGCCUAGUCACGAGUUGCUGCAUGUGAAGCGAGAGUGGAAUCAGAGCGCAGAUCGACUAGCCAGCACAGCAUUGCAGAGCGAAAAGGGAAGAACGGUUGUAGCUGAAGAGGAUCGGCAAGAUCUGAUGACUCUGAACCGUCUCGAUGAAUUGUUGAAGCCCAAGCAAGAUGGUCAGCUGGCUCGGGUAACUGCGAUCACGAGAUCAGCCAGGAGGAUACGUCAUGAACCUGAAGUGAUACAGGAGGAGAUAGUACAGAGGAUCAGGAUUCAACGAAUUGUCCAAGCUCAAGAUGAAGAGCGUUGGAUUGUCAAUCUCAAGACAUAUCUAAGUGGCGAUGUAUCAAACUUGGAUGCGGUAGAAGUGAAGAUGUGCGCCAAACUGGCGCCGGAUUACGAGAUCGAUGAGAACAAUCUGCUAUUUUUUUGCCCCAUGGCGAAAAGAGAGUCAGAAGAUCGCGAUGGUUUGAUGCGGUUGGUGAUCCCUGAGACGUUGCAGCAGGAUUUUUGCAUCACUAUCACACGAGUCUGGAAGGAGGCCAUCAGGGUAUUGGCCGAACCUAUCAGAGGAUCAGAUCGCGAUUUCAUUGGAGAGGACUGUAUCGGAGCGUUCAACGAUAUGUGGGCGAAUGUACCGACUGUGAGACCGGGAAAGGAAACCCGAUGA